GGCGGGGCUUAGCGGCCCGGCCCUCUUGAGUGACGUCUCCACAGAGGGCGGGGUGGCGGCGAGCGCGGGGUCUGUCUGCGCGUGCUCAGUGCGAACGUGUUCGUGUUGUGCUUGCAGGCAGCGGAAUGGACUUUGGCUCCGCUCGUCGAGCUGUGCUUCAGCUGCUCGGUACUACGGCUCCAGCAGAUGUCCCAGCACUGCUCCACUGGAUGAGAACUACUCGGGAUUUUGAUGAAUUCACUCAAGAUAAUAAUGACGUUAUGUUGAAAAACAUAGCCGACGACCUUCGGAGCUGUCUGCCCCCAGAGGCAGUGCUUUGCUCGGAACAGCUCGCCCUUCAGAAAAUACGACAGCAGCCAGAACCCACAGUUCACGUCGAUGCAUUCCUGUAUGAUGAAGACUUUAUUGAUUCAUUAUGUGAGGAAGGAAAGAUGAGCAGAAACUACUGUACCGUGUGUGGCUCACACCAAACGGCUCCUUUGGGCUUUAUUUCCCAUUCCUUCUCUCUCAUGGAGCUGAAGUUCCUUUUUCAUCAGGUACUGCCCGACCUGUCGGGAAAGGUCUUGGUUGACAUUGGCUCCAGGCUCGGCACAGUCCUUUACGGGGGCUACCUCUACAGCUCAGCAGCGCAGCUCUGUGGAGUGGAGCUGAACGGAGAAUUUUGCCAAUUGCAGGAAAUGAUCAUCAAAAAAUACGAGUUCAGCGACAGAAUAAAGGUGCUUCAUGCAGACGUCUGUACCCAAGGCCCACUUCUGCAGAGUGCUGAUGUCAUUGUGAUGAAUAAUGUCUUCGAAUAUUUUCUUACUGAGGCUGAACAGGCCAGUGCCUGGGACUUCAUCAUUCAUAAUAUCAGAAAACAAGGCUCGCUAUUAGUGACAGUACCAAGUCUCCAAGAUUCUCUCUUAGGUCUUAAAAAGGCUGAUCUGCAGCUGUCCUGCUGGGUGGAAGAGAUACCACUGAACCUUGAUGUGUGCCAGCAGUCGGAAACUGACAGAGAAGCUCUGGAACAGAUUCACUUAUAUAAGGUUCUCUAGCACUGAAGUAACCUGUGUGUGAUAUGUUGAUUAAUUUUUUUGUGUGACUCAAGUUUUUAUCUAUGAUGCUGUACCUGUGAAUAGCUGCAUAUGAUUAUACACAUUCGGUAGUGUAUAUGGAUGUAAAUAAACUGUAAUAAGAUAAUUAAAAUAUUUAUAUGAAA